AUGAAUGAGAAUGGCCAGAGACUGUUGGAGCUUUGCUCUUACCGGAAACUCUGCGUUACCAACACAUUCUUCACGACUAAGCCACAACACCGGGUCUCAUGGAGGCACCCAAGGUCCGGACACUGGCACCAACUGGACAUGGUCAUCACCCGGCGAGCCCACCUAGGCAGUGUGCUUCUCACACGCAGCUACCAUGGUGCUGACUGUGAUACAGACCACUCUCUGGUGUGCAGUAGGGUCCGAUUGGCCCCAAAGAAAAUCCGCCGUCCCGUAGGGAAAAGCCGCCCACGCAUCAACACCGCCAGGACAACCAACCCCGACCUCCGCUCAGAAUUCACCAACCGCAUGGAGGAGGCCCUUAAAGAUCACGCAGCCACGUCCAUCGAGGAGAGAUGGCAGCUUAUUCGCGACACCACUUGCAGAAUAGUCAUGUCAUCCCUAGGAAAGAGGGAGCGGAGAAAUCAAGACUGGUUUGAGGCUCACCUGCCUGAGAUGGAGCCUGUCAUUGCUGCCAAGAGGGAAGCACUGGUCAACUAUAAGCGCGACCCUUCAGAAAAGAACCUGGUUACUCUAAGAACAGCCAGAAGUGACGCCCAGAGGACGGCCAGACGUUGCGCCAACAUCUACUGGCAGAACCUAUGCCAGAACAUCCAGUGCUGUGCUGACAGUGGUAACGUGAAAGGGAUGUACGAGGAGAUCAAGAAAGCAUUCAGGCCCACUGUCAGCAAGGUUGCUUUACUGAAGUCCAGGGAUGGCGAGGUCAUCAAGGACCAAGCGAAGCAGAUAGAGAGGUGGGUCGAGCAUUACCAGAACCUCUACUCCACUGAGAAUGUGGUCACCAGGUCUGCCCUCGCCGGCAUUCCUGCUCUGCCUGUCAUGGAGGAGCUUGACCUGCCUCCAACAAAGGAAGAACUGAGCAAAGCAAUUGACUCACUCGCUCGGGGCAAGGCACCAGGGCAAGACGGCAUCCCCGCAGAAGUCAUCCAGUGCGGGAAGCCAGCCCUUCUGGGCCAUCUCCACGAGCUGCUCUGUCAGUGCUGGGAGGAGGGCUCUGUCCCUAAGGAUAUGCGUGACGCAAACAUCAUCACACUGUAUAAAAACAAAGGGGACAGAAGCGACUGUAAUAAUUAUAAGGGCAUAUCCCUGCUCAGCAUUGUCGGUAAGGCAUUUGCCAGGGUGGUCCUGAAGAGGUUGCAAAUGCUUGCAGAGCGUGUGUACCCCGAGUCUCAGUCUGGCUUUAGGGCAGAGAGGUCUACAAUCGACAUGAUUUUCUCACUCAGGCAGCUUCAAGAAAAGAGUCGAGAACAGAGACAGCCCCUAUACGUGGCCUUCAUCGACCUGGCUAAGGCGUUCGACUCA